UUAUGUUUAUAUUAAUUUUCCCUCGAUAUUAUAUGCUGCAGUUAACGAGCAUUGGUCCGGUUCAAUUGCUUCGACUUCACUCUCGUUUACGACGACGAAGAACUGUUUACAGAACAAUCUUCCUUUUACUUGUGGCUAACCAAUUUAAUUCAGUCACAAUGAAAGAAAAAUCGACGAUAAUAUUUUGUAUUGUUCUAGAUUCCGACCAAUUAAACUGUCGCUCCUCCUCCGGGGACACCAUUGUCUUUGAUUUUCGAUAUCGGAGGAAAUCGACAUCGCACCGUCAAUGCCACUGGGCUUGAUCAUUCGCAGUUCAUAGUCAACGAGCGGAGUUCAUAGAGCUAUCAGCACAUCUCCAGGCGGUAUCAGAAACGUUUGGCGUAUUCCUCGGUUUUCGUUUACCGAUACUUAGCUCGUCCGGUCAUCCUCCGUUAGAGCUGUCAUUUGAAUUCGUAUAAAUUAUUAUCUUCUAUGGGUAACGAUGUGCGGUUGAACAUAUAUUAAUGCAGAAAGUUGUAAACAUCUGACGUCAUACCGUUUGGUAUACUAUAUCAAAACUAAACACAUAAAAAAAAAAAAAUAUAAUAAUAGAAAAAGGGCGUUACAAUGAUAACUGCAAUCAUGACGCUGAUGCUGGCUGGCAACUCUUUAUCAAUCGUAGCCGUUCAGUUGAACGACGGGCCGAUUGACGCCCAUCAAACGAACCGGAGCUCAAAAGAAUUACAAGAGGAAUCUAGAUCGAUCGAUGAUCCGGCAGUGUCACUUAAAACCAUUGGUCGGAAGUUGAGCCCUGAUGAUUACAACACGUACUCGUCGUUGACGUCCGACGUCAUCGUCGAGACCCCGUCAUCAUCCGGCAUCAAUCCCAAGGUGUACCCUUCGCUGACAACCAACGUGCCGACAUUCGUUACGCGCGGCAGAUACAUCAGGAACCCGUUCUACUUCGCCAAAGAUGACCAAGAAGUAGAGUUUGACGAGGACCAGCACACCGACUUGCUGCUAAACGGCGGAGUGCCGAAAUGGAACAGGUACAACACUAAUCACAGGCAGUUGAACAAAUACGGUGCGACGCCCAUCGAUGCGACGGACAUCACGGUCGACGAGGACGGAUCGGCCGGCUACGGGAGCGCGUUCGAAUACGGCGGCGGCGGUGGCGGCGGCGGCUUCGACUCGGGCGGCUUCAAGAACACAAUCGGUGGUGGUGGCGGGGACGGCAUGAUGGGCUGGUUCAGCGAGCCGAUAGCGCAGUCGUCGCGGCCCGUGCCGAUCAUCGCGGAGAUCCGGCACCCGAGCAGUCAGUACAAGAUGUCCGUGGACCUGUCCAAGAUCGGGAUGCUGGCGCUCUUCAAGAUCGCGGUGGCCAAGCUCAAGGCGCUGGGAUUCAUCAAGGCUAUGCUGCUGGUGCUGUUCAAGAUCAAGCUUCUGCUACUCGUACUGGCCGCCAAGUCACUGAUGCUGGCCAAGCUCAUCAAGCUGGCCAUGGCGCUGCCCGCGCUCCUCUCGCUGCUCAUGUUCCCAAUGAUGUUCUCGCGGCUGUGGCGGCUCAACUCGCUACUCAACUCGCCCGUGCUGGUGCCCACCGGGUUCCCGGAUAACGCGGGUGGCAACCGGCCGGGCGGCGGUAACCAGCCGGGCGGCGGCAGCGGCGGCGACAAUGGCGGUGGUGACGAAGACGGCAAACGGCGCAGCAACCUAGACCCGUUAGAUGCGCUCGACCCCGGUGUCACGUACUUAAGGCGGCUGGCGCGCACCGAGAAGUGCGUGGAGAGGGUCUCGUGCCGCAUGGCUGGCGCCCCGCGGCCCAGUCUCCCGCUCAUCUGGUUGAACUGGGCAGUUUCACCUGUAUCAAAGUACAUUCCAAGCAAGAAAAUAAAGUCUUUCGUUUCGACAUUUACAGAAGUAACCAAUUAUCGUUUGGAUAAUUUGUACAGUAGUUUAUUACCGAGUGAUUGGACUCAAUGGUGCAAUGAUCAUUAUUCGUGCGAUCAAGAUAAGAACAAAACAUAAGAUGCAUGGCAAAUACACAUAUUGUUUUAUUUAUUAUUUAAUAUACCUAUUAUUUUUAAUCAUAUUUUAUAUUAAUUUAUUUCAUGAUAAGUAUCAAAUUCACAUGGCGUUAGAUAAUCCCAAUUAUUGUUUUUUUAAUUUAUUAUGUUAAAAAUCGUUAGGUUGCCGGAAGAAGUUCUGCGGUUGGAGCAAAUAUAACUAUUAUUUAAUUUGUUGUUUAGAAUUUUUAAUAUAUAUUUCCUUAUACUAAAAUUAAACCGACGUUAUGUGAAAUGAUUCUUAAGUCUUGAAUAUUUAUACAGGUUUUGCGUAUAGAAUUAAAGUUUAAUAUAAAAUAUUUUUAAAUUAUGUUUGUGAACAUAAAAGAAGUUUAUAUAACAG